UAUGGAGAUUUUCGGUAGCCUUGCAAUUGAGCACAAAGAAGAAGGCAAGAAGCUGUCCCACGACGAAGGAGCGAUGUUGAAGGCUGAAGAAACCAACUACAUGGAUGAUCUGGAUCAAGAAGCUAAAGACCAUUUGUUAGCUCAAGAGGAGAUGGGUAAGAAGACCAAACUUGGUCUCGAUUCCUUGGAGAAUCCUCUGAGAAUCCUUGGCAAAUCCUCAACCAAUACUCAUACCUAUCAGUUAUACUCCAAGGGUUUGGUGAGUGAAGAGGUUAUUAAGGAUGAUACGAAGCUGGUCGGUGGUUCAGGCCUGUUUCUCUGUGACUCGAACGAUAACUCGAAGAAAUCGGAGACCAACAAAGCUCUGAGAAACCACCAAGUCCUGACAGCGCACCCUGAAGCUGUGGGAUUGGCUGCCAUAAUUCAAGGGCUGAGUUGGGCGUUGAAACAUGGUGUGAAAAGUAUCCAAUUCUUCUGUGACGACGAUUCCAUCAUCUUGGAUUACGUAACAGGUAAAGCUGCACCACCGAAAGAGUCCAUUGUAGUAGCAAAACUUUUGAAGCAACUGGCUCUUCUUCAGACAAGCUUCACGUCUUGCCAGGCACUCCCUCUGCUGCGCUCAGACGACAUCAAUUCUUCUCUCAUUAAGCUCGCAAGAGAUGCCAUUGCUUCCCAAACCACAUGGCAGCGUGAAGACGGCGUAGUAGUGGAGGCAUGUGUUAUUUGCUACGAAGAUGUGCCAGCGGAUGCGAAAUUCACGGUGUCUGGAUGCUUCCACCGAAUUUGCUUCGAAUGCAUGAGGCUGUAUAUCACGCAUAGUCUACUGAACCGGAGUCGGCUCAUCUGCCCGAAUACGGGUUGCAAGUCCGAGCUCAAGCCUGCAGACUGCAACCGGAUUGCUGAUCCGGAUCAGCUUGCAUUGAUGGUCGAACGCAAGGCUGAGGAGAGCAUCGAUGUUUCAGACAGGGUCUACUGUCCGAACCCUCGAUGUUCGAUUCUGAUGUCUGCUCGAGGGCUUCCCGUAGUUGAUCCCGCUCUUCCCGGAGCGCGGAAGUGUCUCGGAUGUGGUUUACGCUUCUGCUUAAACUGCAAGAUGGAGUGGCAUACUAAGCUGACCUGUGCUGAAUUCAGGAAGACCAAAGCCUAUACGAAGUCCGGUACGGCCGUUUUCGAUGCUGCAGCUCGGGAGCUUGGUCUGAAGAAGUGCAGGAGGUGCCUCUGCACCGUUGAGCGUGCCGAAGGUUGCAAGCACAUGACGUGCACGUUUUGCAAGUACGAGUUCUGCUACAACUGUGGGAACGAGUGGAAAAACAAGAAGCCUACGUGUAAAUGCGCCACUAAGGUUUGA